AUGAUUCCCGAUUAUCCUCCAGGUUGCAAGCGGACUGUCGCGGACAAUGGUUACCUGAAAAGUCUUCAUCGCCCUAACGUGACAUUGAACUUCGACGGAAUCGCUGAAAUUGUGGAGAAGGGCAUCCUCACAAAAACUGGUGAAAUAUUACCAUUCGAUGUCAUUGUAUACGCGACUGGAUUCACUGGCGAGCGGUACCCGGUGCACGUUCGAGGCUUGAAUGGAGCUACUGUUCAAGGUUAUUAUGAUGCGCAUGGUGGCCCUACCGCAUACAUCGGGACUGCAGUUCCUGACAUACCAAACUUUUACUUGAUAGCUGGACCAAAUACUGGAGCGCGUACAACGUCAACGUUCAUCACGGAAGUGCAAGUUGCAUACAUCCUUGAACUCAUAGAGCCGGUCCUUACUGGUUCUGCCUCAUAUUUCACUAUCAAAGCUACACCCACAGAUACCUACAAUGCCAAGCUGCAAGAUCGUCUCUCUCGCUCGGUAUACGUACACUGCCACUCUUGGGUGCGUACGAAUGGUACAGACAAGUUAUUCCACCCCUUUCCUUGGACUGGGAUGGCUUUGUGGUGGUUCCUUCGUAGACCGAAUUGGGACCACUAUACGGCAGUCGGCGCCAAGAAAUGGGCAUUGGCAAGGCGGAGAAGGGCUGUUAAGAAUAUCAUGAAAUGCACUGCUGUCUUGAUGCUAUUGGGGUCAUAUAUCAGCGGCCCUGCUCAGCGGGUUUUAUAUGACAUGUGGCAAGCGGCUAUUACCGUGACUUGCAGCUACUCGAGUAAAUUUGUCCCGCACUUCAAUUUUUCCAAGUAG